UAACAGGGUGCGAGUGUGUUCUAAAAUCGAGGGAAAAUUCAAUUCCCAUACACGAAUUGAGGGAUUAGGUAAUUCAAAGGCGCGGUAUCUUGGGUAGAUGUCUCCUGUGGGGAAGGUCCAGUAUAUGGUGGUCCUGCCAUAUUGUCUAAAAGGUCAACUACCGCAUAAAGGGAGUCGCACACAAUAUAUCAUCGCAUUGUGCUUGAUGAAGAUGGGAUCAUAGGAAUUACUAUCUCCAUUUGUUGGGAAUGUUACAUUAAGGAUUAUCGACGAACAGACACCCCUACCAAAAGGAGGCACAAAGAAGUUCCAUAAUCCAAGAUGUUGCAACUAAAUUCCCUAGCUAAAGAAGUGAUCAUAGAUGCUCCAUGCACAAAAACGACUGUGGACGCAACUACUUGUCCACGUCCACCAUAAUCGUUGACGAUCAAGUGGACAAGGUCUUCCAUUGGCUGUUACACUUUACAAACUUCUUCGACUCUUUGGCCUUUUUCAUUACAAAUCCGAGUUCAAGAAAGACCAGUUACUCUGAGAUAUAUGCAAAAAACAAUUCUAUCUGCUUUGGAGGUGACACCAUAUAUGCAAAUGAAUCAAUCUCAGGGGACCAAACCAUUGUGUCGUCUGGUGAAAACUUCAGACUCGGUUUCUUCAAAACAGGUAAGGCUUCCAAGUAUUAUAUAGGCAUUUCUUACAAUAAGGUUUCUACUCAAACACUGGCUUGGGUAGCAAACAGAGAACAUUAUGUUAAUGAUAAGUAUUCUUCACAACUAAAGAUUCUGAAUGGUAACUUGGUACUUCUUGAUGAGUCUAAAACCGUCGUUUGGUCCACAAACGUAAAGUCUACUAGUUCAAAUGUACAAGCAGUGCUUCUUGAUAAUGGAAAUUUGAUACUGAGAGAUGGUGAAAAUUUAAAAUUAUGGGAUAGUUUGGACUAUCCAUCACAUACAUGGUUGCCUGGUGGUAAAAUUGGGACGGAUAAACGUACAAAGAGAACACAACGGUUAACUUCUUGGAAGAACAUGGAAGAUCCAUCACCAGGGUUGUUUUCAUUAGAGCAUGAUCCUGAAGACAGUCGGUAUCUUAUUAAGUGGAACAGGUCUAUAUGGUAUUGGACUAGCGGACCUUGGGACGGACAGAGAUUCAGCUUAGUACCUGAAAUGAGGACAAAUUAUAUCUACAAUUUUAGCUAUGUUUCUAAUGAGAAUGAGAGUUACUUCACUUAUACUCUCUACAAUAAUUCAAUUAUAUCGCGAUUUAUUAUGGAUUACUCCGGCCAAGUGAAGCAACUCACUUGGUUGGAGAGUACUAGACAGUGGAACUUGUUUUGGGCUCAGCCAAGACAACAGUGUGAAGUUAAUGCCUUUUGCGGGGCUUAUGGCGUCUGUCAGAAUUCACUGCCAUUCUGUAAUUGUUUGUAUGGUUUUAAAGAAAGCUCUGAAGAUGAUUGGAGUUUGAAUGAUUAUUCGAGCGGAUGCAAGAGACGGACGAACCUGAAUUGUGGCAAUACUAGCACAGUUAAUGGGAAAAAGGAUAAGUUUUGGAUGAGUUCUGAUAUGGUUUUGCCUGCUAACUCUCGGUCGGUGCCUGUUAAAAGUGCUGGGGAAUGUGAAUCUGCCUGUCUGAGCAACUGUUCUUGCACGGCUUAUGCCUAUGACAAUAAGUGUUUGAUUUGGACCGGGGAGCUCGUGGACUUGAAACAGCAUUCUGGAAGUGAUGGUAGUGGGGACAUUUACAUAAGGCUUGCUUCGUCGGAGUUCUCCGAUGGUAAAAAUAGUAAAAGAAUCGUUAUUGGUGCUGUUGUUGGAGUGGUUGCAGUAGUAAUCCUUGCAGGUCUUGUUUUGUUCGUGGUUAAAAGACGGAGAUUGGUGAAGACUACAAAACCUGAGGGCUCACUUAUAGCAUUUGUGUAUAGAGAUUUGCAGAAUGCAACAAAGAAUUUCUCGGAGAAGUUGGGAGGUGGAGGGUUUGGUUCUGUAUUCAAGGGUACUCUGCCCGAUUCAACUGCCAUAGCGGUGAAGAAACUGGAAGGCCUUAGCCAAGGAGAGAAGCAAUUCCGGACAGAGGUGAGCACAAUUGGGACCAUUCAGCAUGUGAAUCUUGUUCGUCUUCGUGGGUUUUGCUCUGAAGGGAUUAAGAAGCUGUUAGUCUAUGAUUACAUGCCAAAUGGUUCUUUGGAUUCUCAUCUCUUUAAAGACAAGAGAGACGGUGUCCUGGACUGGAAAACGAGGUACCAAAUCGCGUUGGGGACAGCCAGAGGGCUGGUUUACCUCCAUGAGGAAUGCAGGGAUUGCAUCAUACAUUGUGACAUAAAACCGGAAAACAUCCUUCUUGAUGCAGAAUUCUGCCCAAAAGUGGCGGAUUUUGGCCUAGCAAAGCUCGUUGGGCGCGAUUUCAGCAGAGUCUUGACAACCAUGAGAGGAACAAGAGGAUACCUCGCACCAGAAUGGAUAUCAGGAGUAGCUGUGACAGCAAAGGCCGAUGUCUUCAGCUAUGGAAUGAUGGCAUUCGAAUUUAUUUCAGGAAGGCGAAACACGAAGCAAAAUGCAGACGGAAGUAUCACAUUCUUCCCUUCUUGGGCUGCAAGUGUUACGAUCGAUGGAGGCGACGUUCUUGGUCUAUUGGACCCCAAGUUAGACAGGAAUGCUGAUAUAGAAGAAGUAACAAAUUUAUGUAGAGUUGCUUGUUGGUGUAUUCAGGAUGAUGAGAGAGCAAGACCAACAAUGAGUCAGGUAGUUCAAAUCCUUGAAGGCAUGUCGGAGGUGAACUUGCCACCGAACCCGAAAAAUCAGCUUAAAUUUGAUAGAUGAAUUAUAGUUUAUUUAUGACUUAAUAAAAAUAUAAUAAUAAAAAAAAUUGAUAGAUUAGUUAUUUGAGUGAUGAAAUUAAUUUUUAUU